AAUGACGUUGGCCUCGAUUAGAGCGAGCAAAAUCAGCCAGUGAGGUUGCCUGCGGGAGCACGGCGCAGCGCCAUGCCCACCAAGCCCUCACGGCGCGCGCAGCCAGGCAGCGCCACGAGCUCGUCGGGGGGCACCGCGGAUGCACCGCUUCCGCCGUCGCUCUUCGCCAAGGGCCCUUUCCCCUUGCGCGCUGCCCUCCUCGCCUCCGCCGCCGUCCCCGACGCCCUUCCACCAGGCCCGCCAGGCGGAGCGGCGCAGCCGGCGGGCGUCGAGUCGCCGUCGCAGUGCCGCCAAUCGGCAAUCGCCCCCCCGUCGAGUGACGGUCGCGAUGACAGCUUCCACGGCGCGGAGGGCGCUAUCGGCGCAGAGGGCGCGCGGAGGGGGGGCGAGACGGAGAGUGCGGGCAGCGAGGGCAGCGGGGGCGUGGGCGAUGCGCGUCGAGGGCUGACGUGCUGGACGUGCGGCGAGGCGUUCGCCGACGUGCCACAGCAGCGCGCGCACUGCAAGGCGGACUGGCACCGCCUCAACGUGAAGCGCCGAGCAUCCGGGCGGCCCGCACUGGCAGAAGACGCCUUCACGGCGCUGGUGGAGAGGAGGGGCGCGCAGGGGGCGGGCGGAGGGCAGGGCAGGGGGGAGCAGGGGAGGGGCAGAGGCCGGCAGGGCAAGGCGGAUGCGGUGGGGGGCACAGCGGGGCGGGGCGAGGGCGGAGCAGUGGAGGGCGAGGGGGAAGGCCGGGGGGGCGAUGAUGAGGACGACUGGUCGAGCAUCUCCGGGUCGGAGGACGAGGAAGAGGGGGGGGAGGGAGACGAGCAGGGGGGGGAAGAGGGCAGGGCGGCAGGCAGGUCGCCCAAGGUGCACUUCGUGCUGCCAGAGACAGGCGACACAUUCGCGCUUUGGAGAGUGCUCUUCUCACCAGGGGAGGGCGCUGACCUGCUGCAGGAGCUGGUGGCGCUGGGGGGCGGGGCAGGGGGGGAGAGAGGGGGGGCAUUCAGAGCAUGUGGGGAGGGGAGUGUGGAGGGAGGGGAAGCAGAUGAGGGGAGGAGCAAGGGCGAGGGUGGUGCGGGUGGUGAGCGGGGAGACUCGAGUAGCGGCCGCACAGGCGGUGGGGCGCCACAAAUGCAGGCAGGGGCGGGGGCCGGGCUGGUGGGGAAGGCUAUGGGGAGGGGGGAGGGGAAAGGGGGGCAGGAGGGGGCGGGCAGUGGGCACGGGUUGGAGCGGGUGUGGGUGGUUGUGCUGAGCUCGGGGGGGCACUUCUCAGCGGCCGUGCUGGACGCCGCUGCUGAGGGCGCCGUGCUGGCGCACCGCUCCUUCCACCGGUACGUGGUGCGCGCCAAGGCGGGCGGGCGGCAGGCCACGAGGGACGGCACGGGCAGGGCGCCGCAGUCAGCGGGGGCCAGCCUGAGGCGCUACAACGAGUCGGCGCUUGUCAAGGACAUCCGUGCGUUGCUGCAGCAGUGGCAGCCGUACCUGCAUCGAGCGCAAUUCAUAUUCGUGCAUGCGCCAUCAGCCAACCGCGCCGCCCUCUUCGGCACGGCAGCAGAGGCCCACGCCUCCCAGGGAGCGGCAGGGGCGCCCGUGCUGCUGAGCGCCCGGGACCCGCGUGUGCGACGCGUGCCCUUCCCCGUGCGGCGGCCCACGUUCAAGGAGGCGCUCAGGGUGGCGCGCACUCUGGCGCACGUGCAGGUGGUGGGCGUGCGGCGGGCGGGCGGAGAGGGUCACCAUGCCACGACGGCGGCAGGGGCAGUGGGCGGAGAGGAGGGGGCAGAGGGCAGAGAGGCACAGCAGGAGAGGAGUAUUGUGGAGGGACGGGCGGAAUCAAGUGGGGGGGAGGGGGGCAACGGAGAAGUGGAGGCGAGGGGAGAGGGCAGUGGAGGGGAAAUUGAGGAGGAGGGGGGAAGUGGGGGAGGGCGAGGGUCGGGUAAAACUGAACUACAUGUGGCCGCUGCUGCAGGCAACCACGCCGAGGUCACGCGUCUGCUGCAGGAGGGCUGUGACCCCACGGCUCGGGACGGCAGGGGGCGCGUGCCGUACGUGGUGGCAGCGAACCGCGCCACUCGGGACGCGUUCCGGCGGUUCAUGGCGGGGCGCGAGGCGCAGUGGGACUGGCACGCCGCCCAGGUUCCCAGCGCACUCACCGAGGAGCUGCAGGCCAGCCAGGCCGCCCGCCAGGCGGAGAAGGAUGCGAAAAAGAAGGCAAAGGAGAAGGAGAGGAGACAGAGGAAGAAGCAGGAGGAGAGGGAGCGCAAGCAGCAAGCCCUCCUCCAGUCCGCACAUGCUGCCCCGUCCCCUUCGCCCGCGUCGCCAGCAGACCAGCUGCACGCCAUGACCGAGCUGCGGGCGAGGGAGAGGGAGGUGAGGGCAGCGGCGGCGGAGAGGAGGCUGCAGCAGCUGUGCCUCUCGAGCGCGCCUGGCGCCACCGUGGAGGCCGCCGCUCCCCCCGCCACACAUGCUGGUGGCAGUGGGUGUGAUGGCUGUGGUGUGUCGCUGGCAGGGAAGACCCCUUUCUUUCGGCUGACCUACAAGUACUGCAGCACAGCAUGUGUGCGCGCACACAAGACAGUCCUUGACAGCCUGUAGCUUUUCCUGUGCUCGCCUGCGGGCGACAAAGCAGUUCCGGAAGUCGCCUGCACGGCUGGCUACACAUUCGUCGCGAAUUGUGUUGAGGACACUUGUCAAUACACUAGACAAUGUGCU